GUGUAGCCUUUCAUGCAAGGCCUUGCAAUUAUUGUUAUGUCUGUUUCAUUAUCUUUUGGCUUUGUUGAAGCCAUCAAUGUAGACUGUCUCUAAGGUGCUGCUGUUCCUGAGAUCAGGUGGAAUGGUCCCAGAUUUCUUUUGAGAGCCAUUGCUUGAAUUUUGUGGCUGAGUCCCCACCAAGGGUUUCCUUCGGUGGUGCACUUUUUGUUUCACUGGGCCCAUUCCAUCUUACAAAUGUAUUCUCAAUCGUCUUCUAGAAUGCGAGGCAAUUUUGGCCCACUUUUCGGAGUGAUAUGUCUAGUUGGUGGGUUAAUAUACUGCGCGAUGCUUUAUAGAACCUCUAAUAGGCAACUUCGCUUUUCUGAAACGAAGCUCGCGAAGCUGAGCAAGCAGUACAGCUCAUUGACUUCUCAGCUGAAUGUUGCUUUGGAGUCCAAACAGCGCGUGGAGAUGGACUUCGGAAGAGAGCAAUCAGCCCAUGAGUCGUCCAAGAGAGCUAUUGCCAUGCACAAGGACCAGGCUGCAGAGCUAGAGAAGCGGUAUAAUGACCUAAAGAGUGAGCUUGAAGGUCAAUAUCAGACGCUCAAGACAAGCCACACGGAACUUCAGUCAAAGCACGCUGACCUGGAAUUCCAGCAUAAGAAGCUGUCCGAUGACAAGAAGGUCCUGGAAGAAGGUCACGAGAAAGUGGAGGCAGAUCUGAAGGACACGGCCGAUAAGCAUUCCCAGCUUCAGUCCGAACUUCAAGAGCUGAAACUGAAACUGGAGAAGACGGAGGGUGACUACAAGAACAGUCAAGACCAGCUGCAAUCUGCCAAGAGCGAGCAUCAGGCUGCGUCCAGUGAACGUGAUAGGCUGAAGGAAGAAGUGGACAAUUUAAAUCAGCGCCUAGACGCCCAGCAGAACGAGCUGCAGAACCUACAGCGUGUCCGUGCCGCUCUGGGUGCUAGUAACCACCGCAGGAGGAACCCCCAAUUCGGAGACCGCACGCAGGACGAUGGAUAUCAGCAACAGCAGCAACCCCAGGAGCAGCCGCAGGACGGUGGGCAAGGUUAUCAACAAGAACGUGGUAUGGAAGAGCAGGGAAAUAGUCCGGACGGGAUGGGACUACACAGCAGGCGUGGGUACAGCAAGGUGCACCUUACCGGUCGACGGCGGAAGGGUUCACUUGGCGGCGGCGUGCCUUUCAGCCAGGUUGGUGCUGGUGGCCGGCGCAGGAGCAGCAUGCGCGUGCCGCAUCCAGACAUGGGCCAAGAGAUACAACAGCAGCAAGACCCACAACAACAGCAGCAAGACCCACAACAACAGCAGCAAGACUCACAGCAGCAAGACCCACAGCAUCACCAACAGCAAGAUCCACAACAACAAGAUCCACAACAGCAACAACAAGACCCUCAGCAACAAGACUCACAGCAGCAAGAUCCUCAACAACAGCAACAAGACCCGCAGCAUCAGCAACAGCAAGAUCCACAACAACAAGAUCCACAGCAGCAACAACAAGACCCACAGCAACAAGACCCACAGCAACAAGACCCUCAGCAACAAGACCCACAGCAACAAGACCCACAGCAACAAGACCCCCAGCAGCAAGGAGACCCACAGCAGCAACAACAAGAGCCACAACAACAUGAUCCGCAAGAGGAUCCCCAGCAACAGCAUCCAGCUGUGCAAGACGUGGACAGGCAGGCUCAAGAUUCUCAAUUUCCACAGCGUUUUCGUCCUCAGCACACAAACGAGGAAGAGCAACAGCGUAUGGGCACGGUGGAGUCUAACGAGAGACCAACGGGAAUCGUUGCUGAUAUUACUGGUCCACGAAUGGCUGCAGGCCAAGAGGACUUUACAGCAACGGCACAAUCUGACUCUCAUGUCCAGGGUAGAACAAGAUCAAAGGAAUCUGCCGACGACGACGCUGGCAAUAGUAGAAGUGAGGGAGAUGCUGGCAAGCAGCUAUCGAUGAGCAAGGAACCCCAAUCACAUGACAGUGUAGCCACUGAAGAUGACAUGCACAAACAUGGCAGCAAGAACGACGGUGGAGAGAUACCACGCCAUGCAGAGCUGUCGCGUCAUGACUUAUCAUCUAAACAGGACGUCGGUGCUGGUGAUAGCCAAGGGGACCUGUCACGCAAUGCUGCUGCCGCUGCCAAUGCCGCCGACAAGGCAACAUCUCAUUCUACUGAGGAGAAUGCAGGUGGUGUUCAUGGCGAUGCUCAGAGUAUGGGCGACGGCCACCAUGUCUCCAUGUCACGUCCUGAUGAGCCUGCACACCAACAGGCGCCGCCGCCACAUGGUCCUGAUUCGCAGGACGAAGAUGACCAACGGUCGCAGCACGAAGAUGACCAACGGUCGCAGCACGACUCAGAGCGAGAUGGUGCGGCGGCAGACAGCCGAGAGAACGGUGCACACGAUAGAGACGCAAACCCUGACGCUGCUGGUACAAUGGCAGCUGCUCACGAUUCCGAUGGAACGCAAAGUCAAGUGGAUAUUGGUGGCAAGGACAGUCCUGACGAACUGCGCAAUCACGAUUCAGAUAAUGAGCGCAUUCCUGGCGAUCAGCAGCACAGCCAAGAGGGUGCAGCUGCAGACAACCAAGAUGAAGAUCAUGAUGGAAAGGCAGCAGCAGAUGAUGGUGGUGCAGUUCCUCCAGCUCCUGGGAACUCUAAAGAAGGUGACGAUGGCCGCCCACCGCCUGGCGAAGAGAACCAAUCUGAGGACAAUGCAGGUCAAGAGGAGAAAUCCCAGCAAGACGGAGAGAUUCAUGAUGAGAACGCACAGGAUGUUGAUGCACAUGACAAUCACCAUGAACAAGACCAUGACCCUGAAGAGAGAUCUCACCGACGCAAUGACGAGCAUAACGUUAUCACGAGCGACGAAGACCCAGAGGUGGACCGUCGGAUAAGGGAGCGCAUCCGCAAUGGCUGAUGCGCACAGGAUCUGUGUGUGUUUUAAGCCAUUAAUUUUUACGUGCUGCGCAUGCGCGGCGGUAAUCUUCAAACUCUUGAGUACUUGCAAGUAUAAGAAUGGGCCAGCUGGUGUGUGUAUGCAUUCCACCGCUGCUAGCACUGAUGUUUAGCAGCAGUGCUAGCUUUAGCAGCAGUGCUAGCACUGCUGCUAGCACUGCUGUUCCAAAUUGCCUGGCCAAAGUAAAGCCGGGCCGGUUUCGGCUGCUGCUUGCUUGUCCUACUAGACCCUAUAUAGGUUAUACCUAUUUUUAAGUUUUUAACCAAUGUUGCUUAUAUUACUGCUGCCGUCGUAUGCCCACCCCGCCAUACAUUACUGCAAUCUCUGAUAACCGCCGCAGUAGUGUGCUGCAGCAGUGUGCAAGGUGCAGCACCACAGACAGCGGCUGCUCUACUUGCACGGCGACCAAUGAAUGGCAUACGUGCCAAGAGGACAUGUCUAGUAAGAGUGCAGCAGUGCAACAGCAACACGUUAUCUGCAACCGCACAACAUGCUACACAGCCAGCAGCAAUCUCUGCCGCAUACACAUUUUUAUUGAGCUACAAUAUCCAAGUGCCCAGAACAGUUUUUUUUAAAGCCGUUUGAAUAAGAUCCGUAAUAGAAAUGA